GGGUGUGUUGCUCCCCUGGAGAAGAGAUUGGAGCGCGCAUGCUCGCCCGCGCCGCGUGACGUGAGCUGCCUGGCUUAGCAGGGAAAGAUCAAAGAGAGAGAGAAGAACCCGGCGGAGGGGCGAGUGAGGCUCGCAGGGUUGCGCAGGAAGCGGUCCGGCGCAGCGGGAAGUUUCUGCGAGGAGGAAAGAGCGCAAAAACCUAAGCUAGUCUCCUGCGAUCUGCCCGGGCCUCUGAGCAAAGUUGCCUUUCCUUUCCUCCUCUUCCUCCACCGACGCGCGCUGCUGCCGGCGCCGCUACGAUUCGGGAACCGCGGACUAGAGAGCACAUGGGAAGGCGAGCCAGCCUGGUGCACGCAUGACAGAGCAGGAGCGAGAGACGAGAAGCCUCCGCCAAGAAUACGCGACAGGUCAUGGCAGGGCAGGGCUGUGAUCGGGGCUGCUCUGAGGUAAAAAUCCCAGCGUGGGUGCGGGAAGCAGGAGUGUGAGCGAGCCAAGGCAGGAAGAAACCCCCUGGCGAGAGCAGCAGAGGGAGGCUGAGGGCGCCGCCGGAGCAGCUGCCAGUCGCUUCACCAUGGAUUGCAGCCGCCUCAGGACUCUUAUUAAUAGAUACUGUGCUGGGGAAGAGAACUGGGUAGACAAUCGAACAAUUUAUGUUGGGCAUCGUGAACCCCCUCCAGGUGCUGAAGCAUACAUUCCACAGAGGUAUCCAGACAACCGAAUAGUCUCAUCAAAGUACACCUUUUGGAACUUCAUACCGAAGAACUUAUUUGAGCAGUUCCGAAGAAUAGCGAACUUCUACUUUCUUAUCAUUUUUCUUGUACAGUUAAUUAUUGAUACCCCAACCAGUCCAGUGACAAGUGGGCUCCCACUUUUCUUUGUCAUCAUUGUAACAGCUAUAAAACAGGGAUAUGAAGAUUGGCUGCGUCAUAAAGCUGACAAUGCAACGAACCAGUAUCCUGUUCAUUUUAUUCGUCAUGGCAAACUGGUUAGAAAGCAAAGCCACAAACUAAGAGUUGGAGACAUUGUGAUGGUAAAAGAAGAUGAAACAUUCCCCUGUGACUUAAUAUUUUUGUCAAGUAGUCGAUCGGAUGGCACAUGUUUUGUUACAACAGCUAGUUUGGAUGGUGAAUCAAGUCAUAAGACUUAUUAUGCGGUCCAAGAUACAAAGACCUUUCACAGUGAACAAGAUAUUGAUCAACUACAUGCUACCAUUGAAUGUGAGCAACCUCAGCCUGAUCUUUAUAAAUUUGUCGGCCGGAUAAAUAUUUACCAUGAGAGCAAUGAGCCAGUUGCAAGGCCACUGGGAUCAGAAAAUGUGCUUCUUAGAGGAGCUACAUUAAAGAACACAGAGAAAAUCUUUGGCGUUGCAAUAUAUACUGGCAUGGAAACAAAAAUGGCAUUGAAUUACCAAUCAAAAUCACAGAAACGAUCAGCUGUAGAAAAAUCAAUGAAUGCUUUUCUUAUUGUAUACCUUUGUAUUCUAAUUAGUAAAUCACUAAUAAAUACCACCCUGAAAUAUGUUUGGCAGAUUGAGCAAUAUCGUGAUGAGCCUUGGUAUAAUAAAAAGACAGAAUCAGAAAGGAAAAGAAAUGUGUUUAUCACAGCAUUUACAGAUUUUCUUUCUUUCAUGGUCCUUUUCAACUACAUCAUUCCUGUAUCUAUGUAUGUCACAGUAGAAAUGCAGAAAUUUCUUGGUUCUUAUUUUCUUACUUGGGAUGAAGAAAUGUUUGAUGAAGAAACAGGUGAAGGACCACUCGUGAAUACCUCUGAUCUCAAUGAAGAGUUAGGGCAGGUUGAAUAUGUCUUCACAGAUAAAACAGGGACAUUAACAGAGAACAAUAUGGAAUUCAUAGAAUGCUGCAUUGAGGGGCAUGUUUAUGUACCCCAUGUCAUCUGCAAUGGGCAAAUUCUUCAUGACUGUGCUGGAAUUGAUAUGAUUGAUUCUUCCCCAGGAGGAAGUGGAAAAGACCGAGAAGAGCUCUUUUUCCGAGCUCUAUGUCUUUGUCAUACAAUUCAAGUGAAGGAAGAUGAUGAUAUAGUGGAUGGAGUAAAGAAAGCUCAGCUUUCAGGGAGAUCUUCAGUGUAUAUUUCAUCAUCCCCUGAUGAAGUUGCUUUAGUUGAAGGGAUUCAGAGACUUGGUUAUACAUAUUUACGAUUGAAAGAGAAUUUUAUGGAAAUAUUGAAUCGAGAAAAUGACAUUGAAAGGUUUGAACUAUUAGAAGUUCUUAGUUUUGAUUCAGUAAGAAGACGGAUGAGUGUGAUUGUAAAAUCAGCAAAAGAGGAAAUCUUUCUGUUUUGCAAAGGAGCAGAUUCUUCUAUAUUUCCUAGAGUUACAGAAGGAAAAAUAGAACAGAUCAGGUCAAGAGUUCAGCGAAAUGCUGUGGAGGGUUUGCGAACCUUAUGCGUUGCAUAUAAAAAAUUCACAAGUGAAGAAUAUGAGAUUGUGGAAAAACAGCUUCAAGAGGCAAAGCUAGCCCUGCAGGAUCGGGAAAAAAAACUAGCAGAGGCAUACGAACAGAUAGAAGAUGGGCUUAUCUUGCUUGGGGCUACAGCAGUUGAAGACCGGUUACAGGAAAAAGCUGCUGAUACAAUUGAAGCCCUGCAGAAAGCCGGCAUUAAGGUAUGGGUUCUGACAGGAGACAAAAUGGAGACUGCUGCAGCUGCCUGCUAUGCCUGCAAGCUGUUCAGAAGAAAUACUCAAAUACUUGAGUUAACUACAAAGAAAAUAGAGGAGCAGAAUUUGCACGAUGUAUUAUUUGAAUUGAGCAAAACUGUCCUAAAGCACAGUGGCAGCUUAUCAAGGGACAUCUACUCAGGGCUUUCAGCUGAAAUGCAAGAUUAUGGUUUAAUUAUUGAUGGAGCAGCAUUAUCAUUAAUAAUGAAACCACGGGAAGAUGGCAGCUCUGGUAACUACCGAGAAAUCUUCCUUGAAAUCUGUAGGAACUGCAGUGCAGUUUUAUGCUGUCGCAUGGCUCCUUUGCAAAAAGCACAGAUUGUAAAAUUAAUUAAAUGGUCAAAGGAGCACCCCAUCACAUUAGCAAUUGGUGAUGGAGCAAACGAUGUUAGUAUGAUAUUGGAAGCACAUGUUGGCAUAGGCGUUAUUGGAAAAGAAGGUCGUCAAGCUGCAAGGAACAGUGACUAUGCAAUACCCAAAUUUAAACAUUUGAAAAAAAUGUUACUUAUUCAUGGGCAUUUUUAUUAUGUCAGGAUAUCUGAACUGGUGCAAUACUUCUUUUAUAAGAAUGUCUGCUUCAUUUUUCCUCAGUUUUUAUACCAGUUCUUCUGUGGGUUUUCACAACAGCCUUUAUACGAUACUGCGUAUCUUACUCUGUAUAAUAUCAGCUUUACUUCACUUCCUAUUUUGUUAUAUAGUCUAAUGGAACAACAUGUCAGUUCUGAGACACUCAAGAGAAACCCUAUAUUGUACAGGGAUGUUGCCAAGAAUGCUCACCUGCGAUGGCGUGUAUUCAUUUACUGGACGUUCUUGGGAGUUUUUGAUGCUGUGGUCUUUUUCUUUGGUGCCUAUUUCUUGUUUGACAAUUCAACUAUGACCAGCAAUGGGCAGAUGUUUGGAAACUGGACCUUUGGAACACUGGUGUUCACUAUACUGGUAUUCACCGUUACACUAAAGCUUGCACUGGACACUCACUACUGGACAUGGAUUAACCACUUCGUGAUCUGGGGAUCACUACUUUUCUACAUUGUCUUUUCCCUUCUCUGGGGAGGGAUCAUUUGGCCAUUUCUCAACUACCAGAGGAUGUACUACGUAUUCCUGCAAAUGCUGUCCAGUGGUCCUGCAUGGCUGGGCAUUAUUAUGCUUAUAAUUGUGAGCCUUCUUCCAGAUGUGCUGAAAAAGGUUUUAUGCCAUCAUUUAUGGCCCACAGCAACAGAAAGAAUUCAGAAAACAUCAAGCCAUGGUCAGGACCCUAUUUCAGAAUUCACACCCCUUGCCUCUUUGAAGAGACCAAAAUACCGAAGUAAUGAAUGCAGGAACUCCUCAGCAAAGAGAUGUAGUUCUCAUUCUAAAAAAACCAUGUUCACGCACUGGCAAAACUAUGAUUAUUCAAUGCUCCCAUCUAUCUUUGGCUAUUCCAACAAGCGUUGCAAUUCCAGCACACAGUACUACCACCAAAGUGCAGGUUUGGAAACAUCUCUGUGACCGAUCACCAACUCAAGCCUUUUAAGGACUACAGCAGUCUCCCCACCCCCCACCGCCCACCUGCAAAGGACCAUUUAAGAACACAACCAGAAACAGUGACUUUUGCUGUCAGGUGUAAGAUUCUGACAAGCUGGAUCAAGAGUGCCUGCUACAAAACCAGGAGUAUAGGUCUUUUUUAUGUUUUGAACUAUUGAAACAAUAAGUUAUGUAUACAGUCUGGUACUGUGGAAAUAGGUAUGAUGCUAUUUUCAUUCCUGUCAGUCAAAAACUGUGUGUUACCUCCAUCAUCCCUUUUUAUUUGUUUGUUUAUUUGUUUAUAUGUCACUGCUUCAAUUAGUGACUAUCUCUGGAUAUGAAUUUUGACAAAUGGUCAGCCAUAAAUAAUACUUUUGGAUGUCUGGUCAGGAGGUAUGUUCACUACUGCUGCUUCUGACAGUCUUUGUCCUUUCUUUGCUCUUUCUGCAGGUAUUUCUGCUGUGCAAAUUGGCAUUCAAGAAACAAAUUCUAAUGUCUUUGUAUUGUUAGUCUAGGACUAUAUGUGAUUUCAAGAUAUUCUUGUUUUUUUUUUUGGCGAAAGACCAAUACAUUUAAAGAAUAUUAAUACAAACCUUAAGAAGUCAGUCUGGCUAUCGGUGCGUGGGAUGGCCAGUACAGCAGUUAGACUGAAAGUAAUUAUUGAACCUUCAAAUUCAGCCUUAGGAAUUUGUUAGUAAUAAACAACUUAGUAGCUCUAAAAUAGUGUAUUAGGAAUUGCUCUACUAGUUUAUGGUCUUCUUAUUUUAAUUAAGAAAAACACGUAACUAAUCCUUUAAUGAAUUAAUAGAGAGGUAUUUUCUUGUUUCACUUUUAAUUUGAUCUUAAAAACAGAAGGGGAAUCAACAUUAGCAAGAAAAUUUACGGUAUUAACUGUUACUACAUGGUGUUUUCCCAUUCUUUAAAUAGGGACUCAGCCAUCCUUCAAGAGGGAACAAAAAGCUUUUAUACACAGACCUCAGUCAUUUUCAAUAGGCAGCUUGUGAGCACCUCCAUUUGUGACUCUAGUUUGCUUUCAAUGGAUUUUAAUAAUAGUGAACACAUACCAGCUUGGUUUAAUUUUUUUUCCCAGUGUUUUGUCUGGGGUAUAAAAAAGGCUUAAAGGUUACUGAAACUAACAUUGCUGUUUGUGCAAAUUCUCUGUUAUCUUCCUGAGCAGAGAUAGGGACAAUAGGAGACAUCUGUUUUAAAAAGCAGAUUGUAAAAUAUGUAUUAUACCAAAGACUGUGAAGACAAAAGAAUCUGGGUUGUUCAUAGGCAUCCAGGUCUGGUGGGGGCUGGCAAGGUGGGGCAAGUGAGGAAAACAUAGAUCAUAAUGCAAACUUCACCUCUUAUGCACUUGCGUAUGACAUAUGAAAGAAUGGAGCUUGUGUCAUAACAUCACAACAUGUGCCUCAUCAUUUUGGCAUCAUCAUGUGAGGAACAGACACUUAUGGGUGUUGUCAUUUUCAUGUUUUCCCACUCUAUACAAUGCCCAACAUCAUAGCAUUUCUAUUAUUUUAAGACGCAAUCAAUUUCCAUUUCUGGUGUUGCUAAUACACUUAUAAUAUACUUAAUGUUGUAUAUUUAUUUGACAUUGCAUACUUGAAGGUGGGGUAGAAAAGUCCCCUGCAUGAAACACUGGUUGUAAAAUGUACAUAUAUAGAUAAAUAUUUCUUAUUUAAAAGAAAAUCAACUUGAUGUGGGUAUUGAUUUUAUACCUGUACUAGUAACUAAUCUCUUUCUGAAUAUAGUUAGCAGAAUUAUUUUUAAUGUAUUUUUUUAGAAAUCUAAAAAAUGCCUUUGCACUGAAAUAUUUUUCAAUAUUGUAGCUCUUUAUAUAUCUGAUUUAUGCGUACAUUUGUUAACAUAUCAAUUCUAUUUUUUAAGUAUAUGUUCUAGAGGGAUUUUUUUAUAUUUAUGAGUUCUAGAGCUCCAGAAUUUAGCUUAUAGUGGAAUUGAGAUUGUUGAAACUCUGGUGAAUGUUAAUAUUAGAAAUAGGUUUGUUCUUUCAAACUCAUCCAAAGCUGCUGAUUUUUAUUUUAUUUGCUUUUGCUUGUAAAUAUUGGCUUUCAAUAUGACAGUCUCUCUUCUUACAAGGAACUGCUGCCACCAUUAUUCUGUAUUGUUCCAUAAAACUUUGUUAUCACUUGCUUGUUCUUUAUGCUUUCAUUUCCAUCCAUUAGCCUUAAAUGGGAAGACUCUUGUCUGAUGAUUUGAAAAUGCUGCAUACCUGCCCUGCUUGCUAAAGAAAGGGUUUAUGGCAACCUUGUUGCACCUCAAUAGUUUCUCUAAAACGUUUACAGGCUGAAACAUUUAAUGGUAGUUGUGGAAUAAAAACAAAACAAAACACCUUUUUCCCCUGAGUUCAAGGGGAAUCUGCCAGUGUGUCUGUGUGCAUGUCAAAAAACGGCCAAUGGUGUCUGAGACUGAAUGAUCAAAACCCUGCUCCCUUUUUACACCCACAUAAGAAGGGGCAGGUUUUAAUCAUGCAGUGCCUGACACCUUGACUUUUUUGACCUUCCCAUUCUAGGAGCUGGUCCUAGACUUAAUCACUUUUUAACAUUAAACUCAGUGGGUCUACCUAAUUAUGAUCAGAUCUGGGAUCCCAUUCAUUUUACUAAUUUAAGAGUCAGUUUUGAAUUUAAAAGCUCCAUUUUGCUCAGAAGAAGUCAGUUUUUAAAAAUAUUUCAGGAAAAUAACAAAAGAAAAAUCUACCUAGGCAUUAACUUUAAUUUUCCUUCACUGCCUUUCUAUAAUAGACAUGCAAGUAGAAUUCUAGUGCAAAGAUCUUUAUGCACAGCAUCAGAGUAUAUGUACACUGGUACACCCAGUAUUGAAUUCUAGUAAAUAAGUGACGUAUGCAGUGAUUACUUCUUACCCUGACGAUCUGAGGAUCUGAAAAACAAGACUGGUUAUUAGCUCAGCACGAUGCUUGUACCUCAUUUGGUGACGAAAAAUCUUUUUUGAUCUGAGUGGGAGUGAAGGAAGUUACAGAAAGAUUAUUUAUAGCUAUGGCUUAUCUCUAUGCACUGUGGAUUACACCCCAUAAUUAGAUAUUACAAAUGACUAGCAAUAAAUUAUCUUAAUAAAAUUAACUAAAACUGAUGGAAAUCUAUGAAGAGAGAACACUUCAUUCUGCUUAAUCAUAUUUUGUCAGAAUGGUUGAACUUUUAAUUAAAAACUGUAAAAUUGCUUUCUUACUUGAGCUAAUAGGCUCCAAUCAGUGAUGGCUAAUCAUGUACUUUCAUUGAAAUUCACAUUAUUCCGCCUCCCCCCACCCGCCAGGGUCAGUGCUACCAAUUUUCCUAGGUUCUUUUAUAAUCUAUUAUUUCAUCCAACUACUUGAUAUAAAAACAAUACCAUUUAAUCUUCUGCUUGCCUCAACUUGUUGUUUAUAGAUAUAAUGCAAGUAUCAAAGGAAAUAACACAUUGUGAUAAACAUAAGAUGUCAAAAAGCUUUAAUGGAGUGUUGUCAAAGUAUUAUAAAAGGAAGAAUUAUGUGUAUGAUUGUACAUUGUAUAAUUGCACACAUCAGUUUCUACAGCUUUACCUUUGUCAAAACUAUACAGAAUUUUAAGUGUGUCUGAAA